UAGGGCAACUUACAUAUCGCAGAGAUGCAUCUUCAUUCCAUUCCAUUUUUUGUGCUACUUAUCUCUAGUGUUUUUUGCUACUACACUGAUUAUGAUUAUGGAGGUGGAUACGGUGCUCCAGAGGGAGAUUAUUAUUCACACUUAUCUUCAGGAUCUCCAAACUGUGCACCAGAAUGUAACUGUCCUGCAAAUUAUCCCUCUGCAAUGUAUUGCGAUAACCUCAAAUUAAAGAAAAUUCCAAUAGUUCCUGCUGGAAUCCAAUAUUUGUACCUGCAGAAUAACAUGAUCGAGGGUAUCGAAGAUGAUGCGUUUAAGAAUGUGACUGACUUGAGAUGGCUAAUUCUAGACCACAACCACCUCACCAAUGCCAACAUUAAAAAAAAUGCCUUUUCCAAUCUCAAGGAGCUACAAAAACUGUACAUCAGCUUUAAUAACCUAACUGAACUAGUCGGACCACUGCCAAAAACAAUGGAUGACCUGCGUGCGACCAACAAUAAAAUCGCCAAGAUUAAUCCAAAUAUUUUAGAAGGUCUGGAGAAUCUGACUGUAGUCCACCUACAGAAUAAUGCACUGAAAGAAGAUUCAAUCUCAGGUGCAUUUAAAGGCCUUAAGUCCCUUGUAUACUUAGAUCUAAGUUAUAACGAGCUGACAAAGUUACCAAAGGGACUUCCUCCAAGUGUAUCUAUGCUAUAUUUUGAUUUUAACAAAGUCACCAAUAUCCCCGACGAAUAUUUCCAAGGUUUUAAAGCGCUGCAGUACCUUCGCCUGUCUAACAAUGAGCUGGCCGAUGGAGGUGUGCCUGGCAAUGCUUUCAAUGUUUCAACACUCCUUGAGCUGGAUCUUUCUUUCAAUAACCUUGGAAGUAUCCCUGCUGUUAACGAAGGUCUUGAAAACUAUUACCUGCAUGUCAACAAAAUUCAAAAGUUUACCCUAAACAGCUUUUGUAAGGUUAUUGGACGGCUGGAGUACUCUCGCAUCAGACACCUGCGUUUGGAUGGAAAUAACAUCACUAGGGCUGAUCUUCCUCAGGAUCUGCACAACUGCCUUCGUGUAGCAAAUGAUAUAGAGUUAUAAAUGGUUACACUGUUUAAAAAGUGGUCCCCAAGCUGAAAAUUUAGUCUUUCUUUCAGGUUACAGAAACAUACACUAAAAUAUAUAUAUUAAAAAAAAAUAAUAGCAUACAGAAAAUCUCAUUUGGAAGUCUAUUUAUUAAGACAAAUUCAUGCUCAUUUAAAAAAAAUACCAUCACCAAAUUUUAGCAAGUAAAAGUAAAAUAUAGAUUUCUAGAAAUGAGUAAUACUUUUAACAGUUCUUGCCGAGAGUCUGUUUGAUGUGUUUCUAGACCCAAAUCCCAAAACCCAAAGCAUUGGCUACCUUACAAAUUUGUCAACCAUUCUAGUGAAACUUCAUGAUAGGUCCAUGGAGGUAAAUUACCUACAUCUCUUAGAAUAUAUAUGUGGCCACAAUCCGACCAUGCAAAUAAUUACAUAUUUGCUGCUUUCAGGAAGUAACUUUUACUCCGAUGCUCAAACUCUCCACUCUGUAAAGAAAGUAAUACAGAGCAUCUCAUCUGUGAAAUUAUUGAAUUACUGAGAAAUAUGUAUCAGAGUGUUGUGAUUAGAAAGGUAGUCCAAAAUUCUUACAAUUAAACCUGCAGGGGGACUUUGCCCAGGUGAUUUUACAAACUCAUAUCAAUGUUCUAAUCAUGACACUUUGAUUAUUAUCCCCUUUUUUUAACCCCUUAAGGACACAUGACAUGUGUGACAUGUCAUGAUUCCAUUUUAUUCCAGAAGUUUGGUCCUUAAGGGGUUAAACUAAUAAUUCAUUUAAAACAGGUGAUACAGUUUUUCUUCAAAGACCACAGCAAGUCCCUCAGGAAUUCUUAAAUCACAAAAUAAUUCAGGCAACAUGGGCUAUUCAUUAUAAACAGGCAGAUUUAUUGCUGCAGACUCACUAACACGAGCAACGUUUUGAUCAGAAAACCUUCAUCAGGCAUCCAAGCCUGAUGAACGUCUUCAAAUUGAUGCUCUGCUUGUUGUUAUGUCUCGAUAACGAAUAGGCCAUGUCGCUAAAGUUCUUUGAUGACUUAUUCACAUGGAUAAUUAAGUCUUCUUUAAGUCAAGAUGAGACAGUAUGUUUUCAGUGUAGUAUUUUUUUUUCAUUAAGAUAGAUUGAAAUAUUGCUAAAUACUGACUUCAUAGUUCUUCCCAAUAAUUAAACAUUAUAAUUGGUAUCAUAUAAUUUUAUGUUAAUUUGCAUUGUUGCUAAACACAUAUAUCAUGUCCAGUUCCAAUUAACUAUAAUUGAUGAGUUUUGGAUCAAUAUGAGAGAGUGUUUAAUAUCAGUUUAAACUUGUAGCAGUUGGAAAUAGAACAUAUUAGGGUAUCAACACGACCAUUGGCUAAGCAACAAAAAGCCUUAUUUACAGUAGAAAUGAUUUUACUUAAGGCCAAUUAAUCUCUGAUGUUAUUGUGUUGUAAUUAGAAAUAUGAAUCCUGAAUGAAAGCAGACUGGGCACCACUGACCUAAAAUAAUCACUGUGUUUGUUUAUGUAACAAUAUAUCCUUAUUUGGAUACAGGGGUGUGAUAACUAAGAAUUAUGUAUGUAAAAUUUAGCUUGACUAUGGUGGCUGAUGUAAAAUAAUUUUCCUCUUAAACAUCCCGUGGUUAUUUUGAGAAAUAGCAAAAUCAAGGUCAAAAACAGGAAAUAUUAAAAAAAAAGUAAUUUUUUUUAUAUACUAUUAGUAGUUUUGACACUUUAGAAAUAAUAUACUGAUACAAAUCAUUUAUUCAGUUUAUUAAUGUCUUGUGUGAGCAUUCAAGAGAGGAGCAAAAUUCAAAAUAAUCUAAUUUUAUAUUAUUUUGUCACCAAGACAAAGUUUAUAUAUUUUCUUGUUGUGAUUGUAAAACACUUUAGGUAUGGUCCCAGAACUAUGGAUUAUGGUAAAGAUCUGGCAAACGUUUAGUGUUAUCAACUAAUGGAUCUAUUUUCUAAAUGGUGAAGUUUGGUUAAUUGAAUUUCCAAUUAGUAUAAUAAGCCAAAACAAUGAAGUUGGGGAUAUAACAAUCUAAUCAACUCUUUCCAACUAUCUUGACAUUGUAAAUUCAGUUUUCAAUCAACACUAUUCACUACAUAAGUUGACACUGAUUGCAAAAUUUGAACACAAAAAAUAUUUUUUUUAAUGUUUAUUGUAAAGAGCCUUUUAUUUAAAUAAAGGAAUUGCAAGAUAAAAAAAAAUAGACAAAUGCAUUAAUUUAAAAAAAAAAAGUAUACUUUUCAAUGUUAGAAAUUGGUCUGGUACCUCUGAAAUAAAAGAAAAAAUAAUAAAAGUAACGCUUAUGAUGUAAAAACUAACAGGUUUGUCUAGUAUAAUCUAAAGAGCCUUUUUGCAAUAUAUUAUGGACUUUGGGGCUUGUUGAUUAAACCCCUUUUUGGCCUUUAAAUUACCAGAAUAUUCUCCAUUUGUUUUCUUUUCACAAACGCCAUAUAUUUUCUGUUUUUCUUUUAGUUAUUUGCAUGCUUUAAGAUCAUAAUAAACAAUUUGCAUGGUUA